AUGGCAGCUCUCCAUCCUGCGCAAGACCACGUAAAUCAAGGGACUUCCUAUCCUCAUUAUAAUUCAGAACUAAAGCAUGAUGGAAUCUCGUUUCCUGUAACUCUUGAAGACAUUCAACAAUCUAAAAAAAUGAAUAGGUUGUGCAUAAACGUUGAAGAUAUAGAAAACGAUAACAAAAAAUAUAAAAAAGCUGAAAUUGUACAAUUGUAUUUAAGCAAAGCAAAGUCUAGACAUCCCACAAUUCAUCUUUUAAUGAUUGAGAAUACAAAAUUUUACUCUGAAUAUGCUAAUGAAAACGAAUCAAAUGAUAGUGAUCCCAUAUACCACUUGACUUUGAUUAAAAACUUAUCCCGACUAGUAAAAUCUCAAUUUGCAAAGGAUAGACAUCGUACACUUUUGUGUGAUAGGUGUCUAUGUCACUUUAAGUUUGAAAAAUCCUUUCAGAAUCAUAAAUCAGACUGUGAAAAUUCGAAUCAAUGUCGAAUGAUAUUACCAAAGAAGCUUGAAAAAUGUUUGAAAUUUAAAAACUACAGGUUUAACAACCAAGUUUCAUUUUCUGUAUAUGCUGCCAUUGAAUGUCUAUUAUUGGAACUUUCUGAAAAUCCUUUCGAUAUAGGACCGUAUCAAAAGCAUGUUGCAUACAGUGUUGCAUUUUAUUUACAUUGCAGCUUUGAUGAUUCAAGUUCCAAACUUCAAAUUUAUCGGGGGCAAGACUACAUAGAGUGGUUUGUAAAUGAAUUGAAAGAAAUUGCACAAAACAUUGAUUCUCAAUUAACGUGUAUUGUACCAAUGGAGAAACUGACUACAAAGCAAGAAAUGGAAUUUCUAUCUGCUAAAAACUGUCACAUCUGUGAAGAACCGUUUACAGAAAAUAACAUAAGACAUCAUGACCAUAACCACUUUACAGAUAAGUUUUGUGGCGUGAGUCAUCAGGGCUGUAAUGUAAAUUACAAGGAUUCGCACACUGUGCCGGUAGUUUUCCACAAUUUGUCAGGAUACGAUUCUCACUUUAUCAUUAAAGCAUUAGCAAAACAAUUCGAGGAUAAGGUUAAACUAUUACCUGUAAACAAAGAGAAAUACAUUUCAUUCACGAAAUAUGUUGCCGGUACAAAAGUAAACCUUCGGUUUAUAGAUUCUUUUUGUUUUAUGCCAAGUAGUCUUGAGAAAUUAUCUUCUUACCUAGGAAAUAAAGAUAAAAAAAUUACCCUCAGACAUUGCAAUAAUCCUGAUGAAUAUCAAUGA